AUGGGUGUCAAGUCGAGCAUAUUCAUGACCGCGGCCCUUGCUGCCGUUAGCGACGCGGUGAGCUUAGGAAGCUUUGACUACAAGUCGCUCAGUUUGAGAGAAGUCGGAGCACGCAACACUGAGGACUGGAGGAUAUGGCUCACAAAAGACGGCGACCCAAUCUCAUUUUGGCACGACAUCCCAACAUGGCCGGAUGUGAGCGACAGGCAAAUCAUCAACGUCGUCAUCGAGGUUCCCAGGUGGCAAGACGCCAAGAUUGAGAUGGCGAGGGAUGAGCCAAUGAACCCAAUCCUCCACGACUCUAGGAAUGGUAGCCCUAGAUAUGUCGAGAACGUCUGGCCUCACAAGUCUUACCCCUUUUUGUACGGUUCUAUCCCUCAGACGUGGGAGAGCCCCAACUUCAAGCAUGAGUUCACCGGAUUGAACGGCGACAAUGAUCCCGUCGACCUCUUCGAUAUUGGUCAAGACCCCGGAUACACUGGCCAAGUGAAGCAAGUCAAGAUUCUUGGCGGUCUUGCCUUGGCUGAUGGUAAUGAGACUGAUUGGAAAAUCAUGGGCAUUGACAUCAAGGACCCCCUUGCUCCGCUUCUCAACUCCUGGGAGGACGUUGAAAAGUACCGCCCGGGAACUAUCAAGACCUUCAGGGACUGGUGGACCUACUACAAGGUUGCUCGAGGCGACCCAGUGAUUGAUAUCGUUGGGGACUGGUAUCAGAAUGUCACCUUCAUGCAGGACGUUCUCAUCGACAGCCACCGCACCUGGGAGGAGUUGAUCAACGGCAAAGUCGACUCGAACGAAAUCAACUACAACCAGACGGCAGACUCCGAUGUCGCCAAGAGCUACGUCAAAAAGAGCAAGACGACAAAGAAGUUCGACAUUCCCAAGAAGAGCAAGAUCAAGCCUGCAGCCGACAAGCCCGAGAAGUACAAGGGCUGGUGGUACAUUGACAGCAACUACACCUUGCUUGAGGUACCUGAGGUGCAGCAAUUUUCAUUCAACCGGCAGUCGGCUUGA